UUCUUCUUUCCGCAGGUGUUCAUAGACCCACUUCUUGUACCACCCACGAAAAGCAAACGGAAAGAUGCCCCCUAAAUCUGGAAGAGCAGAACUACGUGCUUGUCUCGUCUGUUCCAUCUUACAAUCCACAAACGACUUUUUGACACAAGGAUGUCCCAACUGCGAAGAUAUCCUCGAGAUGAGAGGUUCAGCUGAAAGAGUGGCGGAAUGUACGAGUUUGUUGUAUGAUGGUAUGAUUGCAAUGAUUGAGCCGUCCGAGAGCUGGGUUGCGAGAUGGCAACGUAUAGAUAAAAGGAUGAGAGGUAUUUACGCUGUGCGAGUGACAGGCCGGGCACCACAAGAUGUGAUUGAUGCGAUUGAAGCCAGGGGUGGUGUGUAUAGACCCAGGGAUGCGGUUGAAGAUUAGACUGGUAGAAGGUCAGGUUCGACAUGCUAGUUGCGAGGUGUUACGCUAUGAUUCAUGGGGGCAAAGAGCAUGUAGAGGGCUAGGAGAGGCGUUGUUUUGGGUUAUGUGCUAUGAUUUGGCUGAGACCACAAAGGAUAUACAAAUACUGUAUGUAUUCAUCUUCUUAAUAAUGCCAACUGGCCCCAUAUAGGUCUUUCAAUCAUCACACAAUCUAACGUGUCCGACCAUCACUGUACCUGCCCUUACCAAGCAAAUACCUUUCUAAAUUUCAAGUGUACAUUCCAACAGCCUCUCCGACACCUCUUGCCAAGCCCCUAACUUUUCCCAUUCCGGGCGCAGAAUAAGGCUCAUCAUCCUCCUCUGUCCAUUUACUCCUCUUUCUGUUCAAUGCAUCGGAGAUAGACGGAGAGAUAUGAGCGAGGGCGGUGGAGAGAUAGGCGAGAGGGAGGGCGGAAAGUGGGAGAGGGAGGAUGAGCGUUGUUGGUUGGAUGGUAAAUGAGGGAUGGGCAGACUAUUGGCAAUGAUUUGGUUUAGUUUAUUCCAUAGUUGUCAAGAUCACGACAAGAUGCACCGCCC